AUGUCUCAUGCCCUUCUUCUCCGUCUCUUCCUGUCCCCCUCGUUCUUCUCCGUCCAUGUCGCGCUCCAGUACCUCAGGAUCUACUCGGAGAACAUUGGCAUCACGUACUACUUGACCGGGCGGUUGAAGGAACUCGAUACACAGGAAUUGCGAGAAGUAUGGGGCUUCGUAUGCCACCUCCUUGUCACUCGCCCAUCUCAGUCGAAGGCUCUUGAGAGUUUUGUAAUAGAGAUCGCGCACAAGUCUACGCAUAUUGCUAUGCUCACCUUCUGGUACAUGCAAGCAUACCUCAAGGACCUUUCGGACCAGAACACCACUUCUGCGUCCUUCACUAUAUGCCAACGGAUAAUUCACGAAUGCCAUGAAAUACUCUUCGGCGAUCUUCCUUCCACUCCCUAUGCCUCUCUUGGCGUAUCCGCAUACGCUGGACCAUCUCGCAGAAUGGUCCGAGAACUCGUUCAACCAGCAAUAAUCGGGAUCGGGAUGGUGUGGGCAGGCGUGCAUGCCCUGCCGGAACUUACACAAAUCAUGGGCCCCGUCGCGCUGGAACAAGGUCGAGUAGAUGAACAAGGACAGGACAUCCGGAGUAUCGAGCGUCGCUCAGAAGAUGGAAGAAUGUCGCGAACCAUUUCAUCCAACGUGGCUAUGGACAGCGGGGACGACGACAACGAUUCGGUCAUCGGAUCGCCAGUCGUCGGAGCACCUCCGCCUCCCGACGUUUCGGACAGCCAUAUAUCUCAGCAACCUGUCUCCAGUGUCCCUGGACGUCUAUCCAGGAGACAAACGAUCGCCGCACAGACCAGUCCGGCCCUUCCAUUACACUUGCGCGACGUGCGCAAGUCGAGAAUGUCGGAAGAUCCGUUUGGGCAAGAAGACACGCCUCCCCCCGCAACUUCCUCUGCGGCUUCGCCCUUCCAGUCAACUCCAUCGUUCGCGUCGCGACAUCCUUACAGACCGAACAGUAUCCCAGCGGCAGAUAUCCUACUUCAAAAAUAUGACUUCGCCGCACAAAUGCAUCUCCUACGCGGACAUUAUUGUCGUUCGGAGGUUCAAUUCAUUCUCACAUUGGAAAACAUCUGCAACAAGCUUCUGGUCGUCCCUAAGCCCGCGCGAAUCAGUGCUCUUCGAGCGGAGCUGACGGGCCUGAACCAUAAACUUCCUGCGGAGAUCUGCAUGCCUAUGUGGUGUUCUUCCUCUGACACACCGAGAACGGAGCAAGGUAUCUCGCAACCACACCAUCGCAUCGUUCGAAUACCUCCGGGCGAAAGCGUUGUACUCAACUCUGCUGAGCGUGCUCCCUACUUGCUUAUCAUCGAGAUUCUUCAUGACGACCUCGACUUUGAUCCUGUAAAACGAGCUAACAAAGAGAUCUUGAAGAAGAUAGUCGUCAAAGAGAACGAAUCGCAUGGAACGUCGAGAACCUUGGCCACCUUCGCGCGAGCUGAUUCGUCCAAGUCCAAACCCGUAGUCAUCAUCCCCGACCAUGUCAAUGGAUCCGAGGCAGCUUUGGGAAGCGAUGCUGGAGAUGGGGAUGAAGCCUCAGUCCACACCACCACUUCUCCGUCGGCGAUUUCGCCUUCUAUUGACCCAGAAGAGGAAAUUGAUCUGGUCGAGCAACUCUACGGCAAUGAUAGCUCACUCAAAGCCACCAACAUUGAUAUCUCCGAUUCCAUCAUACUCCCCCCUGCACCCAAGAACAGGGAGCUUGAAAUGGCCGCCUGGUCUCGUGCGUCAUCCAACCCAGAAACGCCAACGUUCGACCAAGCGGACCCGCUUGCCUCGCAGCACGCUCCGCACUCGUCACUCAGCCUUGCAGUCCCUCCCUCCCGUGCCUCGGGUUACUCAAGCGAUCCCAACACUCCUGCGCGAUCCUCCAGCCACAGCGGCAUGCCAUUACGCGUCCUGUCGCUCGACGAGUACUCCGAGCGCAUGCGCACGGCCGCCGUCAUGCUCGCACAACUUAACGCCGCUGGUGCGCUCGCCGGCAUGCCGCCGACAGGUCACGAGGCAUCCAUGCUUGGAGCACCUCUCCGUUGGCUUCCCGGCACGAGCUGGUUGUCUGUCAACGGCAACGGGAGCGCAACACCGGCAGAGCCGGGCACCCCGAAUCCGGCGGCCGCGGCGUCGAUGCGCAUGAAGCUACCCCCCGCGGAGGCUCAGGCCAUUCGAGAUAGGAUCAUGGACGAGAUGUUGGCGCUGGAAGAGGAGCGGAUGGCGAGGAUGCGGGAAAGCGGGGGUGCUGAGGGGUCGUUGAGGAUAGCCCCGACAAACGGGGAUCUGAAGAGUGCGGAGGACGAGGGGAUCAUUCGAAGAGAGCUUAGCAAGGCUGACCCGUCUGCGGUUGUAUUCAGUGAAUCAUGGGCAGCGAAGAAGGCUCGCGUCCGACAAGCAUCCCCGUAUGGUCAUCUCGCGAAUUGGGACUGCGUAUCCGUUAUCGUGAAGACUGGUGGCGAUCUGCGACAGGAGCAGCUCGCUGUGCAACUCAUCCAGGAGUUUGAGAAUAUCUGGCGUGACGAGAGCUGCCAAUGCUGGGUGCGAUACUUCCGUAUCCUCAUCACGGGCAAUUCUUCCGGUCUCGUGGAGACGAUCACCGACGCUGUCUCCAUCCACUCCAUCAAGAAAGCGGAGUACGCGCGGCGCCUCGCUGAGGGUCGUCUCGGGCACGUCACUCUCAUGGACCACUUCAGGAUUACCUACGGGGACCCGGCAUCGGCGAAAUUCGCUCGCGCGCAACGCAACUUUGCCAAGUCGCUCGCUGGAUGCUCUCUUGUCACGCACCUGCUCCAGAUCAAGGACCGCCACAACGGCAACAUCCUCCUCGACCGUGACGGGCAUCUCAUUCAUAUUGACUUCGGCUUCAUCCUCGCCAACUCGCCCGGCAACAUCGGCUUCGAGGCCGCACCGUUCAAGUUGCCUCUCGAGUACAUCGAGGUACUUGGUGGGCUUGACAGCCCGGCUUUCCAUGAAUUCCGGAGGUUGUUCAAAGAGGGCUUUGAGGCAGCGCGGAAGCAUUGCGACCGCAUCGUCACGCUGGUCGAGCUCAUGCAGAAGGAUUCGACUCUGCCCUGCUUUGCUGCAUUCGGCGACCAGACCGCGCAACAAUUGCGGGACCGCUUCCAGCAAGGUCUCACACAAGCUGCGGUUGAGGAGCACGUUCAACGACUGAUCGACACCUCACUCGGAUCCAAUUGGACACGACUAUACGACUCGUUCCAAUAUUAUUCACAGUCCAUAUUCUGA